CUCUCGCCGGCACGUAGUCCGCGCGCCAACCAAAUUCAAAUUCAAAUAUCGAACUCUAUCGAACGUCAAAACUUCAAAACCGUGACUUUUUUGCUUUUAAAAACUUUAAUGACCUCUGUGCUGUGUUGUGUAUUCACUUUCGAGCGUGCUAUCGAUAUUUUUUUACCGGAUAGUGUGGAGCAAAGUUUAUGUGACAAGUUGAGGUUUAAAGUUCAAACGCAGAACCGUGGAUGUACUGGAUUUUAUAUAUUUUCUUAGUGUUAACCCUUUUAGUGUGUGUGCUAGACGAUCAUUAAACUCCAGUCGCAAUCGGCUAAAGGCUUAAGAUAUGACUCGACUAGUGACGUGACGUGCGAUGCGGACCGGCUUAUUGACGAAAUGUCAACGGAUUUUGGCCAACUAGUGUUGUGCGCGUGACCACGUCGAACAUAUCGAUACUCGCUUCUGUUGGCACAACAACACGAAUGAACACCCUCAUGCUGACGACUAGUGGGGCUGUGGAUGAUCCAACUUGUGUCGAUAGCAACAUGUCUUUUUCAUCAUAUAACAUGAUGGACUCGGGAGGGGCUGGUAUCGCAGAAUCGCCCCCCACCUACCACCGCUCUUACGAACAAUACGUGCAGGGGGGUGUUGAGAAUAGCACCGACUCUGGGCAGGACCAAACCAGCCCAGAGCUGGUAGUCUGGUCCACUCUACCAUACGGUUUGGACUACAGAGCCCAGUACGACUACAGAAGUCCGUACGAUACUGGAAGGGAUUACUCGAGUCAGCAGUACGCAAGGGCGCCCUUUACGACCAAGAUGGGGCAAGCCAAAGCCUUGAAGGAGGCCAGGAUAAGAAGGCCCAUGAACGCCUUCAUGGUGUGGGCGAAGGUGGAACGCAAGAAGCUGGCCGAUGAGAAUCCGGACCUCCACAACGCUGACCUGAGUAAAAUGCUAGGUAAAAAAUGGCGUUCGCUGACACCGCAAGACAGGCGACCGUUCGUGGAGGAGGCCGAGAGGUUGAGGGUUAUCCAUAUGACGGAGCACCCCAACUACAAGUACCGGCCUCGGCGACGGAAACAGAACAAGACGAGGCCGAACCAGCCUUCGACGCCAGCUAAUGCGCCCGCCGCCUCCGCUGCCCUUGGGUCCCCAUACGCAGCCGCCUCCGAUUCCCCAGACACUAGAUUCUCUCACAACCCUGGCGCUGGCUUCUCUCCUUAUCGCACCUCGCCGCUAGCCUCCGACUCUUUCCAAUCCAACCAGUUCAACGGCCACGUCCAAACCCCGGAAUCGUCUCCAGCGAGGUCCCCUGAGCCUCAAGGACGGAGGUCCGCGCCCGCCGAAGCUCCCCUGCCCACCCCAGACGCCUCACCCGUCGAAAACGAAAAGGAAAACUUUCAGUACGAGGAAAGGCGAAGAGCCAUCAACGCUUCCUCCCUCUCAGACUCAUACUCCCCGUACAAACCGUACCGGACACCGGGUUCCUUCUCGCCCGCACCCGUCGCAGCCAUGGGAAUGGCCAAUGGAAUGUACGUCAUGUGCACGCAGAGGACCCUCGCAGAACAAUCGCCUCUCGUCACUGGAACCUUCUUUCCUCCAGUAGCCACUUCUCAAGACCAGCAGACGCUUGGCACGACUACACCAAGAGUAUCAUCAGCUCCCAGUGGCCCCAUGCAAUCUGAAUACAGCAUCCAGUAUCACCCAUAUGAGCAGUAUGAGCAAAUGUAUAAAACUGAGGACUCGUACGUGUCGCACUACUCUGAGCAGCCUAAAACCGAGUACGAUACGGGUGGCUCUUACUUCUCUGAGGAGCCGCCUUCAAAUCAGGCUCAAGAACCGGAGCAGUACAUGAGUUCCCGUCCGGAGAUAAGGACAGGGUCGCCGGAGUCUGACGUGGACGCCCGGGAGUUUGAUAAAUAUUUGGAUUAUGGAGCUGAAGGUGGGCCGAUGGAACAGCAUCAGCAUCAGCAGCAGUAUAGAUACGAGCAGCAGCAGCAGCAACAGCAGGGCUACAGGCCCCCGUACUGCCCUGAACAAGGCCCUGGGCCUGAGUACUGCUCUGAACGGAUGUACCCGUCCCCUUACGCUUCUGUGAUCUCCGGGGCCCCGCCGGCAGGGCCCUACCCCCCCGCGCCGCCGGGGGCCGACGUCAGGCCCGAAGACGAGUUCAGCGUGAUCCUCGCGGGCGUCCGACAGACCUGCUACAGCAAUUGACUAAGGACUGAUGAACUAGGAUCUUAGGACACUUCCUAGAUAUGGCCCAAAGAAUUUGACAUGACUAUUGAAAAUUGUAUUUUAAUCCAUUGAGUCCUAUAGUAACACCAGUGCUUGUAUUAAUAUUCAUAGGUGAAUACUUGUUUAUUAAAUUGAAAUUAAGGUAUUUUUAUGGAAUAAUAUUGUUGAAUUGACGAACAAUUGAUUGUAUGUACGAAUUGUGAUGAAAUGUUAGUUAAAAUUUAAUCAUGAUCAAUUGUAAGACUUGAUAUGAUAUU